AUGAUGAUUAAUUGGUUUGACACUCUUCUUGAUUACACAUUCCAUGUCAUUCAUUUACCUGGCACUGAAAAUAUCUUACCCGAUCAUCUCUCUCGCCUUUUUGAAGGUAAUACCAAAAGGCUGGAGGGGGAUAUGGCAUAUAAGCCAACUAAGUUAAGCGAUGCAACACGUGAAAGGAUCACCUCCGAAAGGUAUGCAUCCAAGACACAACGUGUUUUCCGCGUACACAAAAUAGAAAACAAUGACAAUGAACGCAUGACUGCACCAAUUGAAGAACGCAACUCAAUACUAGAAAGAUCCCAUUUAUUCGGCCACAUUGGAGCUGAAGCCAUGGUCAAAGACAUACAUCAUAACCAAGGUUAUCAUUGGACGAACAUCUUGCAUGAUGCAGUAGACUAUGUAAAGAAAUGUCAAACAUGCCAAAGAAACAACAUCAGCAAACGAGGAUACCACCCUCUAAGACCAAUCUACGCAUACUUACCAGGCGAUCAUUGGGCCAUGGACCUUGCUGGUGAAUUUGAGGAAUCAGAGAAUCAUAAUAAAUUCCUAUUGAUAUUGGUCGAUGUAUGCACCAGAUUCUGCCUAUUAAGGCCUAUACCAAACAAAGAAGCUAAGACCAUUGCUAAAGAACUAGUCAAAGUGUUUUCAGACUUUGGAUACCCACGCAUCAUACAAUCCGAUAACGGUGCUGAAUUCAAAAACCAGUUACUCAAAGAAGUACUCGAUAACAUUGGUGUCGAUCACCGACUUAGCACACCGUAUCAUCCACAAGCCAAUGGGCUAGCUGAACGAUGGGUACAAUCUGCCGUCAUGAUCAUACGUAAAUCAGUAGAUGGCACCAGCAAAGACUGGGAUUACUUUGUACCAGCCACACAAUUGGCAUUGAAUAACAAAAUAUCCAAGCGUCUAAACACGCCACCAUUCACAUUGAUGUUCGCAAGGAAGCUAAAUCCUUUUCGCGACUACAGGAAUGAGAAAUCGUUCAAGCCUAUGUCACAGGCACAGCUCUUAGAAAACAUCGAGCACAUGACAAACAUUGUGUUUCCCGCUAUAAAAGCGCGCACAGACUCCGUGAUACAACAACAAAAGGAGCAAUUUGACAACACACAUAACAUCACAAACUUUACACCUGGAGAUCAUGUCAUGGUCAAGAUACCUACGCGUACAGGCAAGCUAACACCGGUAUACGAAGGCCCUUACAGGGUAUUACGUAAAAAUAAUGGAGGUGCAUAUGAAUUGCAAGAUGAAACGGGUGAAUUACUCCCUCGCAAUUACACGCCUUCUGAGCUCAAAUUGGUCGAUCAAGAUGAAUUGAUCCCUGCAGAUGAGCUUUAUGAAGUAGAAUCCAUUAUCAAUCACCGUGGCAAAGCCGGCAAUCGCGAAUACCUAGUCCGAUGGAAAGGAUACGGACCACAAGAUGACUCCUGGUUAACACCUGACAAGUUUUCCUACGACAAGACUAUCAAGAAGUAUUGGGAACGAAGAAAAACUCACUCCACGAAUAACGACCUUCCAGCAUCAACAAGAAAACGUAAACGUGCAGCAACCAAUGUAGACAUGGACAAGCCAACACGCCGCAGCAAGCGAUCACAGCAAGCUUAA